AUGUAAAAGGAGAGCGAAGAGAAGAUAAUCAAGUAGUUAUUUAAGGAGAUACUGAACUAUUAUAAAAAAUUGAUGGAGAAUACAAGUGAGAGUGCUGAGCUACCAUGCCAAGACAAUAUGGUUGAAGAUGUUUAGGUUUGUUUCCGAAUAAUGUGCCAAAUUGUGGAUUCGUUUCUCUAAGGAUACCAUGAUCUUAAGAACCAAUAUAAAUUAUUGGAAGAUCAAUUAAUUCAAAAAGAGAGCGAGGCAAGAAAGCACAUUUAGAUUUAAUAACAAUUAAAAAUAUAUGCCGAAGACUUAUAAGACACAUGUGAGGAGAUGUAGAAACAAUUAGAGAAAUCUAAUUCAUAAAUAAUACAAUUAUCAAAAGAGAUUGUUAGAAUGAAGAAAUAAAUUAAAAUUUCGAGUCAAGAGAGAUUGAUGACUGAUACUACAUAGGAUAGAUUAUCAACAAUAAUAUCAUAACAGAAAUAAUAAGUUUAACCUAAAACAAUGAUUAAGUUGCCAAAAAAGAAGACAUCUCAAAAUCUAAAAAAUUCGAUAUCAGUCUUAGGGUAGACUAUAACGAUAGACAGGAUGUAGGAAUUAGCAAGCUUGUAUGGAAAGAAGAAACCUAAGAGUGCAAUUAAGACUAGAUCCAAUACAAUUCACAUCACUGAUCAGAUGACAAAGCCUGUAAAGCAAAAGAGAAUGUAGUCAAUCCAUGAUGUUUGA